ACACUGAAUUGAUAUAUUUUAUUUAGGCAAAUAUACAUAUAGGUAUAUUAAUAUCUGUCAUGUGCUGUACAGCUUCUUUUCUUCGAAAUAAUUAGAAUUGAGGUUAGAUUAAAUAAAAAAUUAGGUUUAUUGGCGUUCAUUCGAUGGUUUUUCAAUUAUUGAAAAGAAAAAUGUCUCAAAGUUUAAUAAUACGAUUGAUGAACAACGCUGAAGUUACGGAGAAGAAAAUAUUAGAAUUGAAAAACAAGUUAGAAGAAGUAAAGAAAAUCAAAAUUCAAGAGAAAAUAAAAGGCCUUACCAAAGAGAAUGCUGAACUUGCGGUAAAAGUAGAAAAAGCUAAGAAUGAACUUAUCAGACUUGAAAUAUUGAAUGGUAAAAAACAAUAUACAAUACCUGGCAAAACAGCUACUGUUGCUGUAACCAAUGAUAUAAAUAAAAACAAUGAUGAUAAAGAAAAGACUACCAAACCAGUGAAAAAAGAAAAAGAACCAGUUAAGAAAAACAAAGAUAAGUCAAAUGAUACAACUAGUGAUGUUGUAGAUGUGCGAAAACUAGAUUUCAGGAUUGGUAAGAUUGUAGAGGUGAACAAACACCCAGAUGCUGAUUCUCUUUAUGUAGAGAAGAUUGACUGUGGAGAAAACAAAUUGCGUACUGUUGUAUCUGGCCUUGUUAAUCAUGUACCCAUUGAAGAGAUGCAAAACAGGAUUGUUAUGGUUCUCUGUAACUUGAAACCUGCAAAGAUGCGGGGAAUAACUUCUGAGGCGAUGGUUAUGUGUGCAUCAUCACCUGAGAAAGUGGAAAUACUUUUGCCUCCAGCAGAAGCUGUGCCUGGGGAUCUGGUUACAUGCGAGGGCUACCCACGUGAGCCUGAGGCUCAGUUAAACCCAAAAAAGAAGGUGUUUGAAACCUGUGCUCCAGACCUAAAAACGAAUGAGGAUAAAGUAGCCUGUUACAAAGGAAACCCACUUGUAAUUCCUGGUAAAGGAGCAGUUAUUGCACCUUCAUUAAAGGGUGUUAGUGUUAAGUAAUUGUGUCUUUAUUACUAGUUAAAUAAAGUUUGUUUUGCUUUAAUUUUUCAUCAAUUAUUUACCCCUGCUGUCAGAUAGAUUCCAAUGUUGGUGAACAGUCCUGCCGGUGGAAACAUGUGACAGGAUUGAGAUGUUUACACAGUUGAUUCUGUAUUACCAGUACAAAUAAAACAAAAUUAUAAGCAAUGUCAACAAUAUAUUAUAUUACAUCUCUAAUUUAAUAUGAUUUUUCUCUAAUAGAAAUUGUUUCUAUAUCAGAUUAUAGAAAAAUAGAAGAAUGUGACAAUGCAACAUUAACUAAGAGACCACAUAAAGCUUGUAUCUCUCGGUGGUCCUGUUCACAGCUCGCACAAGUUAACAUUACGAAAGUUAACACGGGGUUCAACUACAUACCUAAUUUACAGAGUUCUUAUAUUGUAUAACAUUAUUAUUAGUGAUUAGAAGAAUAAUUUAGAAACAAUCAAUACCUUAAUUUAGAAAUUAAAUAAGCCAAUUUUUUUUUAUACAUCAUCGCAAUGUUAAUUCACAGAUUUUAUAUCACUGGUGAUCAGAAACGUGUAAAAAUGUAAAAAAACGCUAACAUUUUAUAUUUUCAAUUGACGUGGUUAAGGACUUGAAGCUCAUGUAAAUUAGGCAUGUGUCUGUAACACACAAUUUUCUGUUUCGUAAAAAACUAUCUAUAUUAACAUCAUAUGUCUGCGCCAGUAAGAAAAUAUUUCUUUACAAUUAAAUAACAACAGGGUGGGCAAGCUAUGUUCUGUGAACAAGUAGAUUUCAUUAUGACCAUGUUAAUUCACACGUAUUAAUUAUAUGUAUUUACAAAUUAUUAUGUCUCGUUAUUAUUGGGACAACACUAUGCAAAUAGAGCUUUUAUUUGUCCCGACAAAGCAAUUUCAAUAUUUAAUUUGGCUGAAUUCAGACUUUCUCAAUGAUUUGGGAGCCAUUAGCAACGUCUAAACGAUUUUUCAGUUGUCUAAAUUACUAGUUAAGUGGUAUGCACUUUAUAUUUGUUUCGUCAAGAGAGAGAUGCACUUUCAUAUUACAAAUCCUUUUGGCCUCAUAACUGGACUAGUCUUUCCUGAUUUACAUUCCAUAUGAUUUGGCUUGCUUAUUUGAAAAUUCAUCUACAGAGAAACAGUGUCGAUAUCAAGAAAUAAAGUGUUCCUUACAAAUCUUACUACAUACUUAUGCCUAGAAAGAUAUCAGCAUUUAACCUAUUGAUCAUUGAUCAGAAUAUUUUAAAAUCGUUUGUACUCUUACAAUGAUUUAAUAGGCUUUUUUAAAAUAGCAUUGACUUCCACUCAAACAUCCCUACUUAAAUGAUCACAAAGAACAUGAAUACAUUUUGUGAUGUGUUCGGCAACAACAAUACUUAAAAAUAAAAUAUUACUUCUAAAGGAUUCGAUUUAUAAUAUCUAUAUAUAUUAUGCUAUUAUAAUUAAGCAUUUACUUAAAGUACUUACCAGCGUUUUAUAGUCACGUCAUUUGACUAAACAUAUCAAUACUUACUAAAUGUUUUGAGGCGACUAUCGCCGUCCCGAUAUACUAAACGACCUGAUAUACAACAGUAAUCAAAUGAUAAUGUGACUGAUUUGAUUCAAUUUGUCCGAAAAGCAUCAACAAAUCGGUCAAGCUUUAUUUUGGACAAAUAUAUUAAUUUUUUUGUGAUUUGCUGCUAAUACAAAGCCAAUAAUUGUCAAGUGCAUACUUUUACCAAUAACAUAUUGUUUUUAAUACUUUACCCGUUACAUGUGCAUUUCGUGCGUCUUUCUGGACAGAUAUGUAAAUUUUUCUCUACUUAAUGUGCAAAUGUAUACGAAGUUGUAGAAAAAGGCUUA